CAGCGCGCCUCCUUUUCCUGCUCGGGGUGGAGUUUGGUUUUGAAUUUCCCUGCAGCAAAAAACAGAAGAGGAAGGAGAUCUUGGUGAACGGAGAGGUUUCUACAUGACCGUUUAUUGCUGGGGGAUCCGGCUGGGAUGAAAAUGGAGGAGCGAGGCCCAGCAGGCUGUAUACAAGGGGAACGGUCACAGGCUGUCAGAAAAGGUCCUCCUCUUCUCCAGGCUGUGGUUAUUGGAGAAGACCCACAGAGAAUACCAGUAGCGCAGAUUAAACAGGAACCCGGUGAGCGGGAACUCCAGCAAUGGGAAACGCAAUGGCAGGAGUUUCUGAAGACAGUGGAAGCACCUCAGUCGGUCUGGGCAAUCCCGCCAUUGCCAGAGGAGCCCACCCCGUGGGACGACGCCAAGGCCUUCCUGGCCUCCUUUGAGCAGGUGGCUGAGGCCUGCCGGUGGCCUAAAGAAGAGUGGGUGGCCCGACUCCUGCCUGCCCUCAGCGGAGAAGCCAAGCAGGCCUUUAGAGGCCUGGAGGCCGAAGGCAGAGAGGAUUAUGGGAAGGUGAAGGCGGCCAUCUUGCGAGGGGACGCCCUGAGCAGGGAAAAGAACCGGCAGCACUUCCGGUGCUUCUGCUACCAGGAGGCCGAGGGGCCGAGAGAGGCUUAUAGUCAGCUCCAGGAGCUUUGCCAUCGGUGGCUGAAGGUGGAGAGACACUCCAAGGAGCAGAUCCUGGAAACGCUGAUCCUGGAGCAGUUCUUGACCAUCCUGCCCCCGGAGAUCCAGAGAUGGGUGAGGGAAUGGGGCCCGGGGACCUGUCCUGAGGCGGUGGCCCUGGCCGAGGACUUCCUGCUGAGGCAGCGGGCGGCCAGCCGAUGGGAACAGCAGGUGCAGGCUGCAAGUUCCGUAAAAACUGAGCCGACUCCAUUUGUCCCUGGGCAAAAGCAGCUGCAGAAGCAGGCCAAGGCCAAGCAGGAUUUGAACGCCAGGCUGCUGGGUUACAUGCAGGUGCCUGAGGGUGGAGAGAAUAUUCCGGAAUAUUCCAAGCCAAGUGAGAGUGUGAGGAACCAUACAGCUUGUUCCGAGCUGGUAAAGCCAGAUAGGGCACCACAAAAGAGAGCACUAGGGAACGUUUCCCUGGUUGAGGAAGAUGGGAAAACAUCUGGAGAACAGCGCAGCCCGAAGAGGCAGCCACGAAACCAUCCGAGGAACGGAACCAGCGAUUGCACUCCUGGUGUGGCGAAUGAGAUCCUUGAUGAAUGUUUCGUAAGACACAAACGACAGGCACAUGUGAUAACUGAGGAAAGCUUUGGAGAGGUUUCGGGACUCUCUGGGCAGGAACGGGUCCUUCAUCAUGAGGCACCGUUUCAACGCGGCGAGUGUGACAAAACCGUUGGCCACAAGGACCAACUUCUGAGGCACCAGAGGAUUCUCCCUCUGGAAAACCCACGCAAAUGCUCUUACUGUGGGAAAGCCGCCUGUCAGACCUUCCACAAGGAAGCCCACACCGAGAAGAAACUCUUUCAGUGCUCGGCCUGUGGCAAAUGCUUCAGUCGUAACUCGCUUCUCAUUAAGCACGAAAGGACCCACGGGGGAGAGAAACCUUACACUUGCUCCACCUGCGGAAAGAGUUUUGUUUACAGCUGGAACCUCAUUAAGCACAAAAAGAAGCACACGGGGGAGAAACCGCACCAGUGUUCGGCCUGUGGGAAAACCUUCUUUGAGCGUUCGGACCUUAUCCGACACGAGAGAACUCACACGGGGGAGAAACCGUAUCGAUGUGCCCACUGCUGGAGGCGUUUCAGUCAGAAGUGGCUCCUUAUUAAACACGAGCGGACCCAUGCGGGGUAGAGGCCGGGAAAGCGUUUGCGAUGCGGGAAGAAGUCCUGUUCACGCCCAGGCUCUGCUUGUCAUAAAAGAAAGACAUGCAGGAGAGAAACCGAGUAAUAGGGAUAAAUCUGUCAGGGUCUGCAUGGCAGUGGUGGGCAGAUCUGAAGCCAGUGUUAGGCGGGGCCAGAGCAAAAAUAAGGUUUUGUCUCUCUCCCUAUGCCAAUGCCAUACUUCUCUUUUUCUCUUUCCCAUCCUUUCUCUCUCUCUCUCUCACUCACUCCCCCUCCUUUUUCUUUCCCACUCGUCUCUCUGCCUCUCUGCCCUUUCUCUUUCUUUCUGCCACCCUUCUUUUUCUCUCGCACCUUUUUCUCUCUCCCUGCCACCCUUCUCUUCCUCUCUCACACCUCUCUUUCACACACACCUCUCUCUCUCUCUCUCUGCCAAGAGGGCAACCAGGAUGAUCAGGGGUCUGGAAGCAAAGCCCUAU